UUUUACACAUUAAUAUGAAGUGUCUUUAACAACAAAGUUAUGCUAAUAAAUUGUUAAGCUUAAAUAAAUUUACACGCGCUUUUAUUGGAAUAUGCCAGCGGUCAGCGCUCUUUCGUAUUCUGUGAAAGGCUCUGUAACGAACGUCAUUUCGCUGCUAAAUUGAGGAAAUGUUAUCUUUAUCAGUGAAUAGUGAAAGCUAAAACAAUAUAAUGAGGAAUUUAAAAAAAAGUGUAUUUUGUAUUCGAUUGUUCUGCAAACGGAAAACUGUAUCAUAAUGUUAGAAAAUUUGUAAAAAAAAAACUUCCCUAUUAAAAUGAAUACGAGUGAACACUCGCACGAACAGGAGCACGACAAUGAGGGAGACGCUGAAGACCAUCAUGGUGAUCAUGAACACCUUAUAUUCACAAAGUUCCAGUUGUGGAAUCAACUUUCUUCGACUUUAUUACUGAUUGUAGUCAUGCUUCUUGGGAGUGUUGCCAAUGUGUUCGUCUCUUACUGCAUAUACAAGAAGAGAAUUGGGACAAAAUACGUGAAUCCCGUGCUACUGGCUAUCUCAUUCAAAAACAUCAUCGCCAUAUCGACGUGUGUACCUCUUGCCAUUGUCAUGCUUAAUUUUCCGUCGACAAUUUUAAGGUUAUCAUGUGACAUUCAAGAAAAUAUAACAUUUAUAAUUCUUUUUGCGGGAUUUUUAUUUCCCGCCUUGCUGAGCGUGGUGCAGUGUGACCAUAUAACCAGACCACAAAAACAUCUUAUAGGCGGAAACAGGAUCAUUUACGUGUUAAGUUUUGUUUCGGCGGUAUCUGUACUGAUGGGUAUUCAGUCCAAACUUUCCAGGGAUGAACACGGAUGCCAUCUGUGGUCAAUAAUCACAGAUGAAGUAGUUCUGACUUACAUUUAUUCAAUCGCGUUAAUAGUGUUAUUUACACUCGCCACAAUGGUGACCUCUUACGUGAUGAUAUAUUAUCAAGCACGUGCUCGCCAAGCAGCUGUGCAAGCUUCGAUACUGCAAACCGGAAACGCCGUCGAAGGUAAGCUAUGUGCAUCGGCUGGCACAUUGACAAACGGCGCAAAAAGUGAACCGGCUGAAAUAGCUGUGCUUCCAUCUAUACGGAGAAAAAUGACAACCGCCAUAUUGAAACCAAUGUUCUGUAUAGUCAUAAGUAACAUCAUGACGUCAUUUCCGUGGAUAAUUGUCUACGCAUUCACGGUUUACGAUGAGAUUGAAAACAGCUCUCAUUACGCCGAAGUUAGGAUACUAACAAUGUCAAUAAUGUAUCUUCCAAUAGCAUCGGAUCCAAUUAUAUUUUUAGCUUUUUCAACAAAAGGGCGAAAAGCUAUCAGGGCUAUUUUGAAGAGAAACUGGAAUACUGUUGUGCCGUAUCCAGUAACGGCGACUGUCACUCGUGCGGGUGUGACAACAAUACAAGCAAAUAGAGAUAUAUAGCGCAAGCAAGUAGUAUGUACUCCAACUUGCUGUGUUGUGUCCGAUUAAUAAAACAAUAGCAAUUUAAAGUUAAAACCCGAUUUUCCUUAAGAUAAAUUGGAUGUUGAUUUUACAUGUUAAGAAGGAAAGUAUCAUAAUGGUAACGUUCAAGAAUAAUAUCGAAAAAUAUUUGAGAAAUUCUCUUAACAACAGAAAAAAAAAUGCUUUUGCACAAAUCUGUAUCUUUGAGUUUAUGCUAUAUCUGACUAAUUCUAUGGACAAUAGCCUUAACAAAUGGUAUUCCGAUAGGGAUACCCCGAUAUUUGUCAACAACACAACGCUCUAUAAUGUACACAUAUCAUCACAUUAAACAAUAAGAAUAAAUAGCAUAAGGUAACCGGAAAUUAAAGCAUCCGUUA